GCACCCUGCUCAGCCCCCAACCUGAGAGCAGCCACGGGCUCCAAACCCAAAGUAGCACUGGAUCCCCACAUUCGCCUCAAGGAUGGCAAGCUGGAGCUGGUUCUGCAGUACCUCGGCCUGGAGGUGACCGAGGAGAAGAAGAGGCAGCUGCGGCAGAGCCUGACCACGGACUCGCAGGGGACAGUGGCCUAUGGAGAUCUCCUCCAAGCACUCAGGGAUGUGAUGCAGGACGAGCUGGAUGAGGCUGGCCUGGACUCCAGCUCUGUGCUCUUCACGCAGCAUGAGGUGGCCAGCCUGCUGGAUACGUCAGCGUUCCACUCCCCGACCCUUGACUCGCUCAGCUGUAACGGCAGUGAGGAGAUGGAGCAGCUGCAGCUGGAGAUGACCGACCUGCGGCAAGAAGUCCGAAGGCUGAAGUCUCUCCUGAAGGAGGUGGAGAACAGUAAGAAGUCAAUGGAAGAUGAGCUCCAGAGGCUGAACCAGAAAGCCCUGGGCUUCCUUUCGGAGAACCGGACGCUGCACAGCAAGCUGCAGAUGGCCGAGGUGGUGCAGAGACAGGCACACAGCGCAGAGCAGGACUACGAGGAAGUGAUCCACUUGCUGGAAGCUGAAAUUGCAGAACUGAAGAUGCAGCUGGCAGGGAAGAAGGCAAAACACGUCUCUGAGAUAGAGGAGGACAUCCUGGAGCUGAAAAGACAGCUGUCCCUGGCUGACGGCCAGCUACGGAAAUCCGAAGUCUCACGGAAGCGCCUGGAGAUCUGCAAUAGGAAACUGCUCCUGUUUGUGCAGAAUGUUCACAAGGUCCUGAGCACACACGGUCACUUACAGGAUGAGAAAAGAGUCAACAGUGAAACAGAAGAGGAUAAAACAGACGCAGUCUCAGAUACAUCUCUUCCAUCUUCAGAUCUUGUUGACCUUUUGCUAUCAGAGGCUAAGGAGCUGCUAGCACCAAUGCUCUCCAACAAGGACGCUUCGCCGUGUGACAGGGACCAGUGCCUGCCUGCUGAAGGGCUCCCAAACUACAAGGACCAUCUCCAUCAGAAGACCACGUGGCCUCCUCCAAGCCAGAACAAGGGUGACCAGCCGCAGUCACCGAGCCCAACCAAGGAGCUGCCUGCAAAGCCAACAUAAAACCUCCCAUAAGCAGCUCACGCUCAGAACUGCGACCGCUCAUAGUGCAGCUGCUGUGCUGGGAGAUGGCAAGGACACAAAGCAAGAGCUUCAGCUUCCAGGCAGCCCAGAGAGAGAAAUAAGCUUUCUAAAGUGAGACUGAUUCCUCCUGACUGCUACCCAAGACUUUUUCAGCAACCUCCCCUGCGCGUCUACCUCUGAGCUAUUGUACAAGGCUAUCUGCUCUUGGUUUUGCAGCUUUAUAGGAAAACUAUUCUCAAGAGGUUACACAAGCCUGGAUUUCACUGGCAGCCUUUUAGAGCUUGGAUCCUGUGUAGUAAGAGGAGCACGGACUUAUUCAAGGGACUCAGAUUCCUUUUGGUAUUUCAUAUACGAAAAACCAAAGCACAUUUAGUGGCUGUCAUCAAUGCAGCUUAAUCCGUAGCGUGCUAGCUUCUUGGGAUAGGUACUUCUCUUUUUAUUCUUUUUGUAUAGCUUAUCUCAGCUGCGAUGCUUGAAACAGAAGCAGCGUCCCAGCAAGCUGCUGGGGAUGUCUGCGUGCAACUGGUGCCCGCGUGCUGCUGAGCACUGAGUGCUCUCUGCAGAGCCCAGACAUAGCAAACACACCUCAAUAACAGCCUGCAGAAUCACCUGGGAGCUGGAUCUGUGUGGUGCAAGCUUGUACGUGGUUAGCAAUGGACGUGGUAGAGGUCUGAGGUGAACACUGGCAAAUAAAAUGAACGCACUGCUCAGCAGGUGCUGGCUUUCUGAGCAGGGUUAUGCUUGCAGUCACUGUGCCCUGGUCUCUGGGACAAAUAUCUCGCUCCACUCCAUUUUAACUCCCAUAUUUUGGCAGCUCACAGCAAGAUACACACAGGAGUGGCAGGCAAACGGGAUGCAUUCUAGUUGUUACACCGAGUUACAGUUACUUUAGCUUUCCUUUGUGUGGGUUCAGGGCAUCCUUUAUAGCUUACAGUACAGGCCUAGGAAAAAUCAUGAUGAUAACUAAUACCUACUGUACUCACAGAUAUCGCUGCACUGCUAAGACAACGAACUGCGUGCUGGAAUUCCUCAGAUAAAGAACCAGUCUGAAAUUUCAACUGAAUUUACUUUCAUAGCUUGUGACUUUUUUGAAUACAACUCUCAGAAUGUAAAUUAAAAGACUUCUUUUAAAAGGAAACGUUGUUCUUUGGACCACUCACAAGAAUACAGCCAGGAAGGAGGUGCUUUUAAACAGCAUUUGUCUUGCUGGGGUGUGCCGUGCUUCACAGCUUGCUCCCUAGCGCUCCUGUUUCAGGAGCAGUUACUGGUGUUUCUUGUGGGUUCAGCCCUAGGGCUUGGUUCCCAUCUCAUGUUACACAGGCAGGGGAAAGCUGCAAUAAGACAGUUAAGAUGUGCACAGAGCCAAACCCAGUCUCGCCAGUUUGGUCUGCCCUGUGUCUGGGAAAGCACCUCCUGUCCCCACGGGGUUUGUGUGGCAGAUCCCAAUCUGCUCAUAGCAGCAUGUCUUCAGAAGCGUUGAGCUGCAGGCUCCGUUUGAGGGCAAAAUGUCUCCAUCCACUGCUCUCCGUGGCUGCCAGAGCGCAGAACCGACAUGGCUUUGGGAAGGAGCAGUCUGUGUGUCAUCACGUACACACAGCAGCACCUGAGACUUCAUAGAAAAGGGGCAUGUUAUGGAAUGUGUAACAGCCAACAGUGAAACAGAAGAGGAUAAAACAGAUGCGGCUUCAUCUCUUCCACCUUCAAAUCUUGUUGACCUUAUUAUUGUGCCUGAAGAGUCUUGUGGCAGUCAAUGGGGGUUUUGCUACCAACGCCAAUAAUGAUGGGAUUGUCUCAAAGUGUGAGUAUGGAUCUGAGGGCUGGAGCAGAAUAGAGCAGCAGGAACGGUCCCAUCCCAGCAGGGCUUGUUUCUGUGCUCUGAAAGAGAGUGCUCUCGAUGCUCCUUCCAUAGCCAUGUGUAUUUUAAUGUCCCAAAAAGAAGAUUGCAUAUAACAUAUUCGCAGUGGGUCAUGGCCUGGCAGAGGUAAGCCUGCCCGAGCCCAACCACAAUGCAGCUGGUGCUCACAUGUGGAAACAGUGAGAU